AUGGCCUCUGCAUCUUUAUUUAUACUUUUCAUUCUUCAAGCUUGUGCUUAUCUAUUUUUCUACACCAUAGGAGCUCAAGCAAAUAUAAAAUUUUCGGCAAUUUUCUCGUUUGGAGAUUCAAUCCUUGACACAGGCAUGAAUAACAAUCUGCCUUCAGCGAAGGCAUUGGGAAUUAAAGAUAUUGUGCCAGCGUAUCUUAAACCAGAUCUUCAAAGUAAAGAUCUCCUAACUGGUGUAGGCUUUGCUUUUGGUGGCUUAGGAAUUGACCCGUUAGCAUCUAGUACACUGGGAGUUGUGGCAAUGUCCCAACAGUUACAAUACUUCAAGGAUUACAUAGGGAAGCUAAAAGGGGUUGCUGGUCAAGAGAAAGCAAAAGCCAUUAUAGCCAACAGCCUUGUUCUAAUGUCAGCAGGCAACAAUGACAUAGAAGUAUCUUAUACUGCUGGUUCGAGGAAAUUACAGUAUACUUUUCCUGCAUAUUGUGCUCAAUUAGUUACCUGGUCUACCACUUUUUUGGAGGUACGUAACAAAGAGCACCAAGCACCUAACCGUAUCAAAUAUAAAUUUGUGAAGCAAUUGUAUGCACUGGGGGCUCGGCGAUUUGGUGUUCUUAGUACUGUAGCACUUGGAUGCGAGCCAUCAGGAAGAGUUGCAGGAUCUUGUUCAAUGACCGCAAACGUAGGAGCACAAACGUACAAUAAUCUGCUAAAAGCAGGAAUAGCCUCCCUUCAAAGCAAGCAUUCCGACGCAAAGCUGGUCUUUUUCGACAUCUUUACCCCUCUAGAUAACAUCGCCAGUAAUCCUCAGCGGUUUGUGUGA